AUGUCGAAGAAUAUCGCGUCGGACCUCGCGGAGUCGCUGAUACACAAAUCCGACGUCGGAGAUCCUGUGCGAACAAAUGUGUUUGCCGCUUUCGCUGGUAUCGCCUGGUACAAUGCCAUUGAGCUGAUUAUCCUCUGUUUCGUCUCCUUCAAACGUCACCGUGGCUGCUACUUCUGGAGUCUCCUCAUCUCCUCCGUCGCCAUCAUCCCUCAUGUCCUCGGCUAUGUCCUUCUUUUAUUCCGAACCGGGGUAUCCCCCUAUAUCUGUGUCACUCUCGUCAUCGUGGGCUGGAUUGCCAUGGUGACAGGGCAGUCCGUCGUUCUAUGGUCACGUCUACACCUGGUGCUGCAAAAUUCGAAAGUACUCUGGGGGGUUCUAUGGAUGAUAAUCAUCGAUGCCAUCAUCUUCCACGUCCCUACAACGGUCUUGCUGUACGGAAAUGUGACCUACCCGGUUGGGCCCUGGGCGAAGGGCUACAAUGUCAUGGAAAGAAUCCAACUGGUCGGCUUCUGUCUCCAGGAACUCAUCAUCUCGGGCAUAUACAUAUGGGAAACUGUAAAACUCCUCAAACUGCGUCCAGAAGGCCGGCCAAAUGGAAUUCUGCAUCAACUCCUCAUCAUCAACGUCGUCAUUCUCAUCCUGGACGUGGCCAUCGUGGCUAUCGAGUACACCGGCUAUUAUUCGAUCCAGGUGAUGUUCAAACCCGUCGCCUACGGGAUCAAACUGAAAUUGGAGUACGCCAUCUUGGGGAAACUCGUCGCUGUCGCCCGCGGUACCUACAACAGCGAGGAAUUGCCUUCCAGCGCCCGCGAAAUAAACCCCUAUCCUUCCUACCCAUCCUCCCAAGAACCGUCGCAGCUCAAUUCGGAAUCCCGCCGCAAUAUGCCACAACAAUACAGCCCUCCUUGGUUUUGGGAGGAUACACACCAAACCAGCAAUACCUCCUCCCUCAGACUUUAA